AUUUAAAAAGUUAUUUUCUUUCUCUUUUAACUUCUUUUAUCUUUUAGUUCCGAAGUGCGUGAGUGAGUGAGAGAGAGAGAGGAGAAACUCGUGAACUGAAGACGAAGUCGAAGAAGCUGCGAGUUGUUUGUUCACACGAAUGUGGUGUUCCGGUUGGGGAGACGGCCAUGGCUCUUUUCUCGAUUUCGAUUUCGAUUUCGACAACUACAAGGAUCACUACAAAGUCCUUGAGCUGAACAGCGACGCCUCCGAUGAUGAGAUUCGCUCUAACUUCAUCCGCCUUGCUCUGAAGUGGCAUCCGGAUAAACUCAAAGAAGAGGAUUCUGCUACGUCUAGGUUUCAAGAAAUCAACGAGGCUUAUCAAGUAUUGAGCGACCCGUUUACAAGGCAGGAGUACGAUAAGAAAAGGAUGCGUCGUAUCUAUGAGCACAACUUGGAGCUAUUCGACCGGUACAAGGAGCUGAUAUUUACUUGCAAUGGCCUUGGGAUGAAGAAUUUUCUUUGGUGAAUUUGCAAAAAAAAAAAAUUUAAGGUUAGAUGAUAUGUAUAGACUUUGUAUGAUGAUGAGUUAGAGACAUCAGCCUUUGUAGCAUUGGUUUGAGUAUUGAUUCUAGUCUGAGAGGAAGACAAGAGUAUCAAAUCAGUUAAGUAUUAAUCAUGUUUUAGGUUCUCUGCUUCCACAA